GCCUCCGACCGCCGCCCCUCUCCUGAGCCUCCUCCUCCUCCUCCUCGCCGUCCUCCCAACCCAGGCGCCGCGCCGCCGCCGCCACAUCCUCCGCCCGCUGCCAUGUCGAAGAAAGGAGGCAAAAAGGCCGCGGCAGGAGGCGGCGAGCUGUCCCUCUUCCUGCAGCCGCACCUCCAGACCAUCACGGACACCCUCCAGAUGAUGUCGGAGGCGGCUGCCGGGGGACUGGAGCGGACGGAGUGGUCGGAGGUCGUCGCGCUCGGCGAUGUGGUGUCCAGGCAGGCCACCGUCGCUGGGAUGGUCUGGAGCGGAGACUUGCCUGGUGUGGAGACGCUCAAGGAGAACAUUGCUGCGUAUUUCAACGUCCUGCAGGGUUUCCUUUUGGCUUGCCAUGGAAGCACGGUUGGUGCCGGUCCUACGCUUCACAAGUAUAUCACUAGUUCUGCAAAGGGUGUGGUGGAUGCCAGCUUCUCGUUGUUCAAGCUAGCCGUUUCUGCCUAUGAAUCUGGCAGUCCUGACCGGAAAACAAUCAUACCUCCAGUGACAGGAACUGUAUGGGAAGCUUGUCUUGCUCUUAAGAAGGUGCCUGCAACCAACUGUAUCGCCAUAGGGCGAGCUAUGACGCAGAUAUGUGUAUGUCUGAAGGAUAUCCUGCGUGAGAUGAAAGAACUCCCAGUUGGUGAUUCUGAUGAUACCAAAGCUGGAAAAUCUUCCAAUGGAGAUGUCGCCAUGAGCUUUUCAGAUAAGGAUGAAUCGUUCUCUGAUCUUGAGGAAGAUGAAGGCUUCACUGCGGAGGAGAUAGCCAUCGCCAAGUUGAUUAUUGCUGUUACAGCAGAUUCGCUUGAUGCGGUGAAAGAAACAAUCCGUUUCAUCACAAGUUUGCUCAAGAGCUCUGGCAACCAAAGGGGUGCUGCUGAGGACAAGGUGGAGUCCAUGGAGAAUUUGCUGAGCCACUGCAGGGACGUUGCUGACCAGGUUAAUGAGCUUGGGGCCUCCGUGUAUGCACAAGACCCGUCUGAAAUGAAGUCCGCCAUAAAAAGACUGAACGUUGGCAUCACAGGGAUGUGCCAGGAAAUGGCGGGCCUCGGUGGCUCGCCCAAGAACGCCUAUGCAGCCUUCAGUGGAUUUCAGAAGUCGUUGAAAGCUCUUGAGGAAGAGAUAGGUGAGGAUGUCGUUGACGAAAUGAAAAAUCUUACCAUCAGCCCGACCUGAUUGUUGAAGUCGAAGACUUCUUUUAUGAUAUGCCCUCUAGUUUGUAGCAGUGUUAUGAUGUGUCUUCUAGUUGGAGUUCUGAAGCUUGUAUUGUUCAACCGAAUGGCAGAGUGCAUAGUUCUUUCCAGUGAACAAGACAAUGCUUAGUGCUUAGUGUGGUAUUGGAAUUCCUGGUGUGUUAAGGCAGUAUACAAGGUUGGUGCUACAUAAUUUUGGGUGCUGUAAUAUCUAAAGUUGAUUCUAGAUGAACUCUGGUAGUUACCCGGUGAAUCCUGUCCUGAUUGUCGAAAUGUCUGAACUUGUCGUACUUAACAUUGUUAUGAUA